AUGGCCAUGGAUGAACUUCCACUAGCCAUCCUCUCCAACAUCCUCUCCAGAGUCCCGGGCGAGUCGCUGCUGCGACACCGACGCGUCUGCAAGCGCUGGCGAGAAGCCAUCGAUGAUCCCUACUUCCGCAACUCAUUGCACUGCUCCAAAGAACGAGUGGUUCUAUACCAAGAGUUUGACAAGGAGGAGAUCCAUCUCCUGAAGAUACACGAGGAAGCGGCGACGCGGAUGAUCGAGAUAGAAAUCCUGAGACUGUCGAGAGCACCCGAUCUUUCACCAGACAUGUCUGUUUAUGGGUUGGGGUUCGAUGGCUCUACCAACACGUACAAGAUGGUACAAAUCGAUGCAAUUGGCUUUGAUGAGAAGACUCGCAACAGCGCGAUGGGGGCUCGAAUCUACGAUUUCGACAAGCGAUCGUGGAGGGCCUGCAAAGCCCCGCCGCCACUUUCUCCCGGCACCGGUCCUUAUUGUGAAUUCGUCUUUGCUUCUGGAGCUUUGAACUGGUUUCUUUCGUCGGAUGGCCUGUUGGCGAGGGCGGUGCUCUCUUUCGACCUUACCAAGGAGGAAUUCAGCUUGAUCCCGAUCCCGGACGUCUUCUUCGAAGACGGCGGCGGCCGCGACUUCCUUUUGUGGACGCAAAUGUGCGAGCUGGGGGGAUCGCUGGCGCUGGUCCAUAGUCCGACCGAGACGCACACCGACGUGUGGGUGCUCAGGGACCCCACGAGGAGAGAGUGGACGAGGAAAUACAGGAUCCAGCCUCCGUUCCCCGCCGUCGGCUCCGACGUGGUGGGCGCAUACAGCGGCGACAAGCUGAUCCUCCUCUCUCCCUCGUGGAGAGACCUGUAUCUGUACGAUGUGAACGAGGGUAGAUUCACGAGGUGUUGGACUGAGGCUGAUCGUUUUGACACGAUUUGCCGGUGGGAGACCCUAAGCCUUGUUUCUCUCGAAGCGACGGAGUGA